CGCUCCAUCUCUCUCUCUCUCUCUCUCUCUCUCCUUCUCCCACGCUUAAAAAAACGCUCUCUCAUUAUUUGCUCUGUUUAUUAUUUCUUUUUUCUCUGUCACAGUCCCACCUUGAUACCGUAAACCCAUAUUUCAAACACGAAGACUCCUCAUUCCUUCCUCUCUCUCUCUCUGCUGUCUGCUCACCUAUUUGUACCCAAUUUUCGUUCCUCUUCCCUCAGUUGAAAUCUCUUCAACUAUUCUAUGAAGCUCUGCCUCAGAGUGAUUUGAAGCUUCUUCAAGUUAUUUCCUCUUUCCUAUUUCUCGUUUGGGCAGAUUAAAACAUGGCUCGUAAACAUCUACAUGAGCUAUUAGUGGAAGAUCAAGAACCUUUCAUUCUGCAAAACUACAUUGAAGAGAGACGAUGCCAGCUGAAAAAAUGGGUACCCAGAGGCCACCUACAGGUUAAGAGACGAAAACCCAUCUCUGAGAACUCGAGUUUUCCUGCUAGCUUCUGUAGAAAUGCUUGCCUUUUCUCCUUUCACGACUCUCCGGACCUGAGAAAAUCCCCUCUCUUCGAUUUCUCUUCCCCAUUGAAAAGCCCCUGUAGAAACUCGAAUUCUCUUUUCAUUCACAUCCCAUCGAGGACAGCAGCCCUGCUGGUUGAAGCUGCCGUCCGGAUUCAGAAACAACCAUCUUCCACAAAAACCACUGGGAAGACACUGGGUUCUGGGUUCUUUGGAUCUAUAUUGAAGAGGAUAAACCUCCGCAAGCGGAAUCGAAAGCCACAAAUCAAAGGGAACGAGAUGAGGGUGUCGGUGAAGGAUAUCUUGAGGUGGGAUUCGUCAAAUGGACGCAAAGCAUUUCCAAUGGGGAGGCGACAAGACCGAGAAGAGAAAAUGGUGGCUUUGGAUGGAAACAGGGUUGGUUCCGAGAAGGGCUUAUCGUGCUCGUCUAACAGCACACUGAGCAGUGUCUGGUCUGAAAGUAACGAAGAUAAAUCCGAAGAUUUAGAGACUUCAAGUAGCAACAGGUCCGAUGAGGACUCCGAAGAGAUUGAAUUCCUUGUCAACGAGAGGAAUAAUGGAGACUAUGGUUCGUGUGAUAAGGCAUUCUGUUCGAGUCCUUUCCGUUUCGCCCUUCAAAAGAGCCCCUCUCCUGGUCGCCGAACGCCGGAAUUCGGUUCUCCGGCGAGAUCUCCUAGACGCCGCGUAAAAGAGAGGGAAGAAGGAGGCCUGAAUUGCUUGGGAAAUAAGGAUCACGCUGGGGAAGAAGAAGAAGAAGAAGAAGAGAAGGAACAAUGCAGUCCUGUCUCUGUAUUAGACCCACCCUUCGACACCGACAUCGAUGAUGAUGAUGAUAAGGAUUGCGACAACAGUAGCGAUGACGGUGACCACCGACACUAUCAGCUCGAUUAUGACUGUGAGGAAGGAGGAGAAAAGGAUGAUGAUGACCAGCUUGAGCUUGAAGAGGAUGAGCAGAGUUAUGAGCUCCACCACAGCUUCGCCAUCGUAAAGAGAGCGAAGCAAAAGCUUUUACAUAAGUUGCGAAGAUUUGAAAGGCUUGCAGAUUUAAAUCCCAUUGAGCUUGAGAAGAGAAUGCUGGAAAUGGAUAAUGAUGAUGAAGAAGAAGAAGAAUGUGAUGAAAAUUAUGUAUCCCAAGAUGAAGAUGAGAGUUUUGUUGAAACACUUUAUAGCCAGUUUCAGUUAUGUAACAAAGAGGGGAAGGGGAAGAAAACACCAGGGGACAUGAAACAACUCAUACUAGACCUGAUCGGGGAGGAAGGAAGAAGGUAUGAUGAUGAGCAUGAAGAUGGUGUUGACAUGGAAGCAAUGGUGAAGAAUGUGAGCAAGAGAUUGGGGUCAUGGAAAGGGGUGGAGUCAGAUACCAUAGACAUGAUGGUUGAUUUGGACUUGAAAAGGGAAGGCGAUGAGUGGAGGAGAGACAAAGAGCAGGUGAAAGAGAUGGCAAUUGAAAUUGAACUCACCAUCUUUGGGUUACUGGUACAGGAACUCUCUGAUGAAUUGGUCCAGUCGUAGUAGUACUUAAUUGUUACCACCACAUCUAACCAAUUUUUGAUCUUUUAUUUCUUAAAUCUUUUUAAUUUUGUAAGGGAGGGUAGUAGAAAUCUCUAGGAGUACUUAAUUUGUUGAGUAGAGACAUGACCCAAGGUAGUUCUGGUUUAAAGAUCUCUGUGAGAGACCAUAUCCUUGGGGUCUAUCGCAGAAGGGUAUUGUAAUAUUGUAAAUGUUAUCAUGAUGUACGUAUUAGUAGAUAAUAUAAUUAGUUGUAUCUAUUUCUUAA